AUGACCGAACCCCAGCAGACAGAGGGGCGCAAGCCCAGUGUUAUUAUCACGAUUGGAAUGGCAGGCUCUGGUAAAACUACAUUCGUCCAACGGAUCAACUCUUAUCUGCAUGCCGCAAAAAAGCCACCGUACAUCGUGAAUCUGGAUCCUGCAGUCUCACAUUUGCCCUUUGAGGCGAAUAUCGACAUUCGUGAUACUGUAGAUUAUGCUCAGGUCAUGAAACAGUACAAGCUAGGCCCAAACGGUGGUAUCCUGACAGCUCUUAAUCUGUUUACUACAAAGUUUGAGCAAGUUUUAUCACUGUUGGAAAAGAGAUCUUCCACUGUGGAGAACAUCAUCCUCGAUACACCCGGUCAGAUUGAAAUCUUUACAUGGUCUGCAUCUGGCGCCAUCAUCACAGACGCGGUGGCCUCUUCGUUCCCGACGGUAGUGGCGUAUAUCAUCGACACGCCUCGAACUGCUGCUCCAGCUACGUUCAUGAGCAACAUGCUUUACGCUUGCAGUAUCCUCUAUAAAACCCGGCUCCCGUUCGUUCUCGUCUUCAAUAAGACCGACGUGCAAUCACAUGACUUUGCGCUUGAAUGGAUGGAAGACUUCGAGGCGUUUCAAGCCGCAUUGGCAGAGCGAGAGCGGGAUGCAGAUGGCGAACAGACCUUUAUGUCCAGUCUUAUGAAUAGCAUGAGCUUGGUCCUUGACGAGUUUUAUAAAGGCCUAAAGGCGGUUGGUGUGUCUGCUGUUACUGGGGCUGGAAUUUCAGACUUUUUCAAAGCCGUCGAGGAAGCACGAAAGGAAUACGAAGAGGAUUAUGUUCCGGAAAUGAAGAGAAUGAUGGCGGAGCGAGAGAAGACGCUGGAAACCUUCAAGAAGGAAUCACUCAAUGCAGCAAUGAAGGACCUAUCUGUUGACAGCGCUAGGCCCUGGUCAGGACCAGGUCCUGAUCCUCGCACAGACAAGUUCGCGGAAGACGAGGCCGAAGAAGAGGAAAACAUUGACGCAGAUGAUGGAGAAGAGACAUACCUCGAUCCAGACGAAACUGGUCGGCAAUACAUCGACCUGACCCGCCCUCGAAGAACUGCAGAUAACGACUUUAAAUGGCCGCGGCCUACCUAG